AUGAGCAACAACAUCGAGGAGCCGGCGUCCGUCGUCGCCGAUACGAAAGCGGGCAGUACUCAAGUCGUCGAAGAGACGACCAUCACUAUCAAGGAAGAAGAGGAGAAGAAGAAGAAGAAGAAGAACGAGUCCGAGAAGACAUCCCGGCCUCCUCUCUCGAAUUACUGGGCACUCCCACUUAUGAACAUCGUCUUUGGGGCCCUCGUCAAGGACUUCAAUGGCUAUUUCCUGCCGAAUGCGACGGUGACGGAAGGGCAGUUCAAGGCAACUGUCAAUCAGAACUCGCUCUAUCUUGUCUAUCUAUUCAUCGGCCGGUUCGUGCUGACAUACAUCUCGACGUUCUGCUUCCGCGUCACUGGACUGCGGAUCUCUGCCAGGCUGCGCCUUUCCUACCUCCAGUCCCUCUUCGCCCAGCCCAUCAAGAAGCUCGACGAAGUGUCCGCCGGCACGGUCGCCAACACCAUCACGGCGUCGUCCAACAUCAUCCAGAUCAGCAUCUCGGACAAGCUCCAUUCGCUCUUCAUGGCCGUGGCCCUGAUCAUCACCGCCUACAUCAUCGCCUUCCGGUACUCGCCGCUGCUCACGCUCGUGGCCAGCUCCUCGAUGCUCUUCGUCGUCAUCGUCUACAGCGUCACCACGCCGUUCCUGAUCAAGCGGAUGGCCCAGAUCGAGAAGGCCAACGCCAAAGCCGCCUCGAUCGCCGGCGAAGUCUUUGGGUCCAUCCGCGCCGUCUUCGCCCUGGGGGCCGAGCAGUGCCUGACCAAGAAGUACGACGCCGCCGUCCAGGAGUCGCAGCGGUACGGCCUGGCCAUGUCGCCGCUGUACGGCGCCCAGGUGGCGCCCGGCUUUUUUGCCAUGUACGCCAGCUUUGCGCUGUCCUUCUGGUUCGGCCUCAAGCAGUUCCGCGAAGGGCAUAUUGCCAACAUCGGCACCGUCGUCACGGUCUUCUUUUCGGUUCUGAUUGUGAUGGCGCUUCUGGGAGUCCUCGCCACCCCCAUCAUUGCCAUCACGAAAGCCAUCGGCGCGUCGACCGAGUUCUUUGCCAUGAUCGACGCCCCCAAGAUCUCGUACGAGGGCGUCACGGACCCUGACGUGUCGUCGCACGAUGAUGUCGAGUUCGACAACGUGGACUUCGCGUAUCCCAGCCGCCCCAAGGUCCCGGUCCUGAAGGGGUUCAGCGCACGGUUCAGAAAAGGGAAGACGACGGCGCUGGUCGGCCCUUCCGGAUCGGGAAAGAGCACGAUUGUGGCGUUGCUGGAGCGCUGGUACGAGCUGGACAGGGACGACACCGACAAGGACGAGGCCACCACCUCUGCAGCACAGGAACCCGACACUCACCAGCAGGAGCCACUGCCCAAAAACCAGGGCAUGAUCGCGAUCGGAGGCCGCGAUAUCCGGGACACAAACCUCAAGUGGUGGCGGUCACAGAUCGGCCUGGUCCAACAAGAACCAUUCCUGUUCAACGACACCAUCUUCAAGAACGUCGCGUCCGGGCUGAACGGGACGGCGUGGGAAAAGGACGACGAUGCCGCAAAGCAGAAGCGAGUCGAGAAGGCAUGUCAGGAGGCCUUUGCGCACGAGUUUAUUCGCCAACUCCCCGACGGCUAUCAAACGCGCGUCGGCGAGAGCGGCAUCAAGCUGAGCGGCGGGCAACGACAACGGCUGGCCAUCGCACGCAGCAUCAUCCGCGAGCCGUCGAUCCUGAUCCUGGACGAGGCGACCAGCUCGAUCGACGUGCGCGGCGAGCGCAUCGUGCAGAAGGCCCUGGACCAGGUGUCGCGGAACCGCACGACCAUCGUGAUCGCCCACCGGCUCUCCACGGUCCGCAAGGCCGACAACAUCGUCGUCAUGCGCGACGGGCGCAAGGUGGAGGAGGGCACCCACGCCGACCUCCUCGUCGUCCCCGACGGCAUCUACGCCGGUCUCGUGCACGCGCAGCAGCUCGAGGCCGAGACGGUGCCUCCGACAAACGAGGCCGUCGAAGCGUCGGAGCGUGAACAGCACGAGACACCAGACGACACGGGCGUCCCGGCCCAGCGAGACGAAGAGAGCAAGACGCAGUACAAGUACCGCGGCUUCAUCAUGUCCGUCGGCCGGAUCUUGUAUGAGCAGCAACAGUACUGGAUCUUUUAUGUUUUGAUUGUGCUGGCGGCGAUGGGAGCAGGCUCGGCGUUCUCACUGCAGAGCUGGAUCUUUGCGCAGCUGAUAGAAGUCUUCACCUUCACGGGCCAACGGCUGAAGGAACGAGGCGACUUCUGGUCCCUGAUGUUCUUCAUCCUCGCGCUGGGGAUGGCGGUGGCGUAUUUCAUCCUGGGGUUCCUCUCGAACCAUCUCUCCGUGCUCGUCUCGUCCGUGUACCGGCGCGAGCACUUUUCGAACCUCCUCCGCAACCCCGUCUCCUUCUUCGACGCCGAGGGCAACGCGUCGGGCUCGCUCAUGGCCCGGCUGGCGACCGACUUCAAGCUGCUCAGCGAGCUGAUCGGGCUGAACGGGGUGUUCCCGCUGAUCUCGUUCUUCAACAUGGCCGGCUGCGUCAUCAUCUCGUUCUACUUUGGCUGGAAGUUGACCCUGGUGACGUUUUUCUCGGCCAUGCCCGUGGUCAUCGUCGCCGCUUUUGUGCGCAUCAAGUACGAGAUCCAGUUCGAGGAGUGGAACGCCAAGGUCUUCGCCCACAGCUCGCAGUUUGCCACCGAGGCGGUCGGCGCCUUUCGCACCGUCACCUCCUUGACCAUGGAGGACUCGAUCAUCCGGAAGUACGCGGAUCUCCUGCAGGAGCAGAUCCGCGACGCGACGCGACGGGCCACCCACGGUUGUCUGGUCUUUGCCCUCUCAGACAGCGUCGAACUGUGUGCCAUGGCCUUGACUUUCUGGUACGGAGGACAACUCCUGGCCAGCCACGAGUACAACAUCAUCCAGUUCUUCCUCAUCUACGCCGCCAUCGUACAGGGCGCCCAGGGGGCGGGCCAAUUCCUGAGUCUUUCCCCCAACGUGGCCCGGGCCACCGCGGCGGCGAAUCGCAUCCUGGCGUCGCGAAGCACCGAAAAUGACGACGCCACCACCCACACGAACAGCGUGGUCGUACCACCACCGCCGCUGCCGUCGAAUGAAAAGCGGACGGGCGCCAAGGUCGAGUUCAAGGACGUGGGCUUCCAGUAUCCCACCCGCGACCGUCCCAUCUACCGCCACCUGAACUUCACGAUCGAGAGCGCGCAGUUUGUGGCCUUUGUGGGCCCCUCGGGCUGCGGCAAGACCACGGUGAUCUCGCUGCUGGAGCGAUUCUACGACCCGGUGGCGGGGACCAUCACCUUCAACGACCGCGACCUCCGAGACACGGCGGUGGCGUCGUACAGACGCGCGCUGUCGCUGGUCGCGCAGGAACCCAAGCUGUUUGACGGCACGAUCCGCGAGAACUUGGUGCUGGGCCUGGACAACGACGAAGUUAGUGACGACGCCAUCGCACGGGCCUGCAGCGACGCCGAGAUCCACGACUUCAUCCUCUCGCUCCCGGACGGGUUCGACACGCCGCUGGGGAUCAACACGCAGACGUCGCUCAGUGGGGGCCAGAAGCAGCGGCUGUGUCUGGCGCGGGCGCUGCUGCGGAAUCCGUCCCUCCUCCUCCUCGACGAGGCCACGUCCAGCCUGGACUCGCAGUCGGAGAAGCUCGUGCAGGCGGCCAUCGAGCGGCUGGUGGCGCAGCGCAGCAUGACGGUGAUCGCGGUGGCGCACCGGCUGGCGACGAUCCAGAAGGCCGACGUCAUCUUUGUCUUUGGCGAGAGCGAGGCCGGGAGAGGGUCCCGGAUCCUCGAGCGCGGCACACACAGGGAGUUGCUGGGCCGGCGGGGGGCGUAUUGGCAGAUGGAACAAGCCCUCGAUCGGUAG